UGUACAGUAUUGUUUGGUUCACCAAAGCAGUCACUCGUCAGCAAAACCAUGGAUUCCAAGGGAAGCACGAUGCAGCCUGGUACGUUCGACUACGUCAUUGUUGGCGCAGGCCCUGCUGGGCUUCAGAUGGGUUACUUCAUGGAGAAAAAUAAGCGUAGUUACGUUAUUUUGGAAGACAAAGACAUACCAGGUUCGUUUUUCAAAAAACACCCAGUGCAUCGUACUUUGAUAUCGCUCAAUAAAAGAUUCAAUCCAUUCCCGGAACCAGAAUUCAACAUGCGACAUGACUGGAACUCGUUGUUGAGCGAUGAUCCUGAACUCCUCUUCACUAAAUACUCAAAAGAGCUGUUCCCACAUGCCGAUGAUUUGGUUCGCUACAUGAAUGAUUACGCCGCCAAGUUCAAGCUCAAUAUUCAUUACAAUACUCGAGUGGAGAAGAUAAAGAAACUAGAAAAUCAGGCCAAAUCUGGUGACAAUUUCGCACUGCUGACAUGGAAAGGCGAAUACAAAUGCAAAGUUCUGUUGAUGGCGACCGGUGCUCGCUCUGAAAAAAUCCCCAAACACAUCAAAGGCAAAGAGCUCAUGGAGACGUACUCUACACACGACGUCGACCCCGAGAAAUACAACGGGAAAUCCGUAUUUAUUCUUGGUAAUGGCAACAGUGCUUUCGAAGCGGCUAACAACCUUGCUGGGUCAGCUAGUUUGAUACAUAUAUUUGGAGAUCGGAAGUUAAAGCAUGCUUGGGACACUCACUUUGUAGGUGACCUUAGAGCUGUUAACGAUACUAUACUUGACAUGUACCAGUUGAAAUCUCUGCACGUUUACCAGGCACUAGACUUAUUAUCUGUGGAGAAAACAGACAAAGGUUUUGUUCUUACUUGUGACGAUAUUGUUCCUCACUGGAAAGAAAGACAAGGCCAUGUGCAGUUUGAAUUACCUCCAUAUGAUCACGUGAUCUGCUGUACGGGAUUCAAUUAUAUUGAUUUGUCAAUAUUUGACGACAAUUGCAAACCAGAGACCAAGCAGGACGACAAGUUUCCAUGUGUGUCCAACAUAUGGGAAACUAACGUUCCCAAUAUGUUUUAUAUGGGCACAACAAUGCAGUGCAACGACAGGAAAGCUGCAUCCGGGUUUAUUCAUGGUUUCCGAUACAACAUACGUACAUUGAGCAAGUUCCUUGAAGAACGUUACGAAGAAGUCCCAUACCCACGCGACUUUCUUCCAAUUGAAGUAGACGCACUCUCGGACAAAAUCAUGGAACGUGUAAGUGUCAGUGAUGGUAUAUAUCAAAUGAAUAACGUGUUGUGUCACGUGUUAGCUAUUCCCGACUUCAAUGACAACACAAAGGGAGAAGUUAAAGCUGAAUUCUUCCAAGAAUUUCCUAAAUCAUAUGUACUUGAAAACCUGAAAGGAAGGUUCUCAAAAUACAAGCACGUCUUCCUUAUUGUACUUGCGUACGGAUUCGAAUACUUUGGAGAUGCAGGCAAGUACGCCAUGGAAUUCGUACAUUUUCCCGAUCUACCUAAAGGUGAUUGUCAGGCAUUUCUGCAUCCAGUAAUUACCUAUUACAAGGAUGGUGAGGAGAUAGAUUUCGUGAGAUUACCCGAGUCUUUGGUUCUGAGAUUCGACCUUCCCACAGUAAGAAACCAAAACCCUCUACAUGGACCAAAUAGGAUGAAGAAUUUCCUCAACAAACAGCUGAAUUUGAUGCCUGGCAAAGAAUACUACGACGGCUUCUUCAUGGAGUCAAUGGAAGAGAGAAUUACCCCGUUUACAGAAAAAGAGAAAAUGAGAUUACCGGACCUGAGCGUGUACAAGGCGUGUUUGCCGUACAGUAUCGACUUCAAGUCGGCAGCAUCUUAAAUAACUUGUACACACCAACACAUCACUGUACGUCAAGUGGGUCAUAAUAAUAACACGAUAUGAUACAAAUGCUAAUUAUGUUUUCACAUAAAACGUGCACUAAUCUGCACACACUUUUGGUUAUUAUAUAUUUCGAUCUUUGUCUGAAAUAAAGUGGUACAAUACUCACUCUGUACACGAGGGAUGUGAUUAAUAUAGUAAUGUUAUAUUAUAUAACUUUAUAAUAAGUGUUUUCAGCAACUAAAUACUAUGAAGCGUAUUGUAUCACCAUUGACAUAAUAACGAACAUUUCGUAAUAAUCAGAGCGAAUUUGCAUUAUUCACUGUUUCUGAAGAAAUUAUACUAUAACAUAUUAUAGAAUUGAAUAGACUAUUCGACAGAAAUAGUGAACUCACCUCACCGAAGGAACUGUUUUACCUCAUUUACAUAUUUGUAUAUCACUAUUCAACAGGAAAUAACAGAGUAAUCUGUAGUUACAUAUUAUGUAAUUACUAUAGAGAACAGCCUGUAAUUGUUGUAUAUGUUUGGAUGACAAUGUACACGGAUAGAAGAUACAAUUAAACUAAUAAUGGUGCAAAGAAAA